AUGCUUGUCGGAAAGAGUUGGAAGUUAUUAACAUUCAGGUAUGACGCAUGUGAUAAAAUUGUGAUAAAAUUCAGCUGGAAACCUCUCUUCAGGAAAUCGAGAAGACGUUGGCUACAAUGGAGCAAAAGUUCUCAACUAGUAAUAUCCUUUGUGCGAGCCUUCAAGAACUUAUGUCGUGGUUAUUCCUCAUCAAAAUUUCCCUAA